AUUCCUCUCCGCCCCCUCCCACCCCACCCCACCCCACCCGCAAGCGAGGCAGCCUAGGACGCAGCAGCGCACCCCCGAUCCUCGCCUGUCGCCUCCAUCUCCAUUCGCAGGCCUGAGACCCUCGCCCGCACCGCGCUGCCGCCAGCCAUGGGAAUGGGGCCUCUCGAGAACGCCGCGUCGGCCGCUGAGUCCGCGGCCUUGCCGGAGGCCGGCGCCGCCGCGGCAGCGGGCUCGUACGCGGUGCUGCAGUGCGGCGAGGACUCGGAGUACGUGCGGCAGAAGUACGGCGGCUACUUCGCCGUCUUCCGCGCGCUGCUGGAGGAGGACGGCGAGAGCUGGCGCGUGUACGGCGCCGUCCGCGGGGAGCUCCCCACCGACGCCGAGGCGGCCGGCUUCGACGGGUUCGUCAUCUCCGGGAGCUGCUCCGACGCGCACGGCGACGAGCCCUGGAUCCUGGACCUCGUCGGCCUCAUCCGCCGCCUCCACGCCGCCGGCAAGCGCAUCCUCGGCGUCUGCUUCGGCCACCAGAUCCUGUGCCGGGCGCUGGGCGGGCGCACCGGGCGGUCGACCAAGGGCUGGGACAUCGGGGUGAGCUGCAUCCACCCGACGGCGGCGGCGGCGCGGCUGUUCGCGCCGCUGAAGCUGCCGGUGCACAUGCCGGUGAUCGAGUUCCACCACGACGAGGUGUGGGAGCUGCCCGCCGGCGCCGAGGUGCUGGCGCGGUCGGACCAGACCCGCGUCGAGAUGUUCCGCCUGGGGGACCGCGCCAUGGGCGUCCAGGGCCACCCGGAGUACAGCAAGGACAUCCUCAUGAGCAUCGCCGACCGCCUCCUCCGGCAUAACCACAUCCUGGACUGCCAGGUGGACGUGGCCAAGGCGAGCUUCGACGUGCGGCAGCCGGACAAGGAGCUGUGGAAGAAGGUGUGCAGGGGCUUCCUCAAGGGGAGGCUGCAGUCGCAGCAGCAAUUCCACUAACCGCUGCAGAGGAGGAAAUUGGGAUGUCUUAGGUUAAUUUUUAAUUCACCCUUGUUUUGAUUGUGCUUCAGAGCUCAAGAGUUGUACAUAAACUACUAUUGUCCGAAGCAUUAAUAAAGAGAGAGGGGGCAAAUGGUUCGUUGGUUUUAAU